AUGCUCGGAUCACUUUUGGUUUUGCAGGAAUGGGAGCAACUGGAGCCCUUCGACUUCGAGCCGCAAGAACCUGAGGAGGUCAGACUCCUCGCGUCCUUCCAGACGCAUCAGCGGCCAUGCAAACUUCUCAUCUCUAUCGGCUUCUGCGAUACUCGAACCGAGUCCGGGAUGUACGGCGACCUCUGCCAUCAUGUCGCCCCGACGGCCAUCGACCGAUGGGAAGUUGUGGUUGAGGAAGGUGAAACCUCGCUAGAUUGGAAGCCUCAUGCGAUCAUCUCGAGAGAUUGGGAGGGUUUCUACACCUUGCUC